CUUUCUCUUUCUCUCUUCCCUUCGUGUCUUGGUGCGCACACGUGUAUAUGUGUGUAUGAACACUUUUUUACUUUUUGAAUAAAACACAAUGGUGAUCUCGCAAGAGGUUCUUUCAAAAGCUGAAGAAAUAGCAGAUCAGGUUAUACGUAGUGGGAAACAUAUAUUACCAACCUUAGCAAGAUUGUGUCUUAUAUCCACAUUUUUAGAAGAUGGUCUUCGAAUGUGGUUUCAAUGGAACGAGCAAAAAGAAUAUAUGGAUAUGUCUUGGGGUUGUGGAAAAUAUUUCGCUCAUAUUUUCGUUCUUGUUAAUUUAAUUGGGCAGCUUGGAGGAUGUGUUAUGGUUAUUGGAAGAUGGCAAGUCAACAUAGCUUGUGGAGUUCUAUUUUUCAUAUUGGUUUUACAGACAUUUGCCUAUAGUAUUUUAUUUGAUAUGCAAUUCCUGUUCAGGAAUUUAGCACUUAUAGGUGCAUUACUCCUUGUUUUGGCUGAAUCUAGAGUAGAAGGAAGAUCAUUGUUUGCCGGUGUUCCAUCACUUGGCGAUAAUAAGCCUAAAAAUUUACUGCAACUUGCUGGAAGAAUACUUUUAGCAUUCAUGUUUAUAACUUUGUUUCGCUUUGAAGUGUCAUUCCUUCAAAUUUUACAAGAUAUUCUGGGAAGCAUUUUAAUGUUAUUGGUGACUAUUGGAUAUAAAACUAAACUUAGUGCUUUGCUUUUGGUACUUGUACUUUCUGCAUUGAACAUUUAUCACAAUGCAUGGUGGACUAUUCCAGACCAUAAACCCUUACGAGACUUCCUUAAAUAUGAUUUUUUCCAGACAUUAUCAGUAAUUGGUGGCCUUUUAAUGCUGGUAUCUUUGGGUCCUGGAGGAGUAUCAAUGGAUGAGCACAAGAAAGAGUGGUAGAUGUUUAAUAAACCAUCAGUACACCAUUACAUUAUCACACAUGUAAAGCCAAACUUUCUCCCAUCCCUAUUUCAUCAUACGUUCAAUCGGUCUUUAGAUGGGGUUAUCGCAUGCUGAAUGAACAGCUCUAAACAAAUUUAAUAUGAACUACUCAGUUUAAAUAACAAAAUAUUGUCAGAACAUAUUUCAAAAUUGACUAUGUAUAUCACAUAUGAAUAAAUAUAUAUAUACACAAAUAUAUGUAUAUAUGUAUAUAUAUAUAUGUAUAUAUAUACAUAUAUAUAUAUUUGAUAUAUAUAUAUGAAUGAAUGCAGAGUGGGUUUUGAAAGAUAAUAUGUCCAUAAAGCAGAGUUUGAAAAUUAAAACUACAAAGUGGCAAAAGACUAAUUUAUAUAAAAAUAAUAGCAUUGUAUAUAUGACACUGCGUUUAUUAUGAAAAAUAUAUUUUUUCUGUGUGUUUUUAA